AUGGGUUGGGGUGUGCACGUGAAGGACAGGGGGUCUCGCGGGGCCUGUGGGAGGAACCGGGGAUCCAUCACCAGGUCCUCAGAAGGAUACGGGACAGAGGAGGAGUGUGUGUUGUCUGACCCCCAAGGAGAGAGUGACGCCGACGCUGACAUAGAGGACACAGACUGCAGGCUCCAGGAGCCGGGUAGCCUCCAGCGAAUCAGCUCACGGCGGCGCAAGCGUCCGCGGCCGACGCGCCAGGACACCACGGAGAGCGAGGACGACGGGGGGCGGAGCCAGCGGACCCCCCGCUGGAACCCCCGGCUCAGCCCCCACCGCGGCCACAGCAGGACCAUCCUGGAGGAGAGCGUCUCUCAGGUCAGGCCGCUGGUCAUCCGUCGACCGAGCACCGAGGUGCAGACGGCUGGCAGCCCGGAGGCUUCCGGAGGCCCCAAGCCAGCGCUUCAACACUACCAGCAGUCUUGA